ACACUCCAUAAUGGCUCGCAGCCCAGAAAAGUUUUAGCCCUCUAUGACUUGAAGUUCUUUUCAGCCUACUAGUGUAGCCCAAGUUUUACUUGUCCGGUCCAAAAUUACGACAUCCGAAGGUUCAGAUUACACGGCCCAAGUUCAGGCCGACUUGCGUGGGCCGAGACGUUUGUCACAAGUCGCCCGCCCCUGCCCUAGUGAAACGACACGAGCCCCACCCGCCCGGCCGCACACCAACAAGCGCACACCGAUGGCGGCCGCCGGGAACGGUGAGACCGCGCCGCCGCAGCGGCAGGAGCCGGUGGCGGCGGCGGAGGGAGCGGCCUCUGGAGGCGGCGUGCUCGCGAAGCUGGAGGAGCAGUGGCGGAAGGCGAAGGAGCACGCCGAGACGUACCCCUACGUCUGGGGCUCCUACAUCCUCGUCUACGGCGGCCUCGGCGCCUACCUCGCCUGGCGCUGGCGCAAGCUCCGCCGCACCGAGGACCGCGUCCGUGUCCUCCAGGACCGCCUCCGCAACCUUGCCGCAGCCGAGGAAUCGCAGGCCGCCUCCGGCUCCGCUUCCACUGCCCCGACCCUUCCCCCGCCGCAGCAGCCGGCUGCUGGGCCCCCCAAGCCCGCCUCCGGCCCGUAACUGGAGUACAAUAAUUCUGACCCCAUGGGAGCUAGUGGGGCUGUUGAGUGUUGACCAAAGUCCAAGCAUGGACAUCUUUGGAAUCAAGAUGCAGCUUGGCUUAUUCCCGGGGACUACAUAGCUUCAUAGGUUUACAGGCUGAUGCUAGACAUGGUCUUGCAUCUCCAUCUCAGAAAUCCUAGAGGUUUCAUAUUUUGAAAAGGCUACUUCUGCUUUUCGUUUCUUUCUACCAACAUGAAAGGUGUAUGACAUGUUUAAGGUCCCUGUGUUUGAUCGCUGCAGGCUGACCCAUCAGUGGCUGGUAGUUUCCUGGGCCUGGGGCCAUUCAGA